AUGGGUUGGAUCGUUGGCAAUAGGAAAGAAGAACCAAUCCGUGGGGAUAGAAGGGAGACUGCGGCUGGCGGGCUUGAUGCGGAAGCACUCGAGGAGGAGAACGACAAUCGGAUUGACGACCUGGGGGCCAAAGCGAAGUUCCUAAAGCAGAUGACAGACAGCAUAAGAGUGGAGGUGGAGUCGCAGCACUCACUUCUUGACAAAGUGGUAAGGAAUGUGGUGAACAUCACACGGCAAUUUGUGCUUGAUGCCAAGAGGAGUUGCAUGUUGUACUGUUGA